AUGGCGCCUUUGGAUUGGACCUUCGCUUCGAUCUGGUCAAACGAUUCUUUGGACCAGACUCUUCGAACGCAGCUCCAUCAUCACUUUGAUUACUUGCACGUCUUGAAGUCGUCAUGGAACCAGCCUGAGACGCUUGACGUACCAUCCACUUGGAUGUUGCUGUACGGUCAUCAGAACGAGGUAAAGGCGGGUAUCUGUUACUCUCCGACUCGUACAAGAGAGUAUAGCAGGGCUGUCGUCCGUCUCCAUCUCGGCUGCAUUUCAGAGGGCCUCCGUCUCUUGACCGACGAAGAAUUGAUCAAUCGUGCAGAUCAUGAUACACCACCGCAAUUUUCCCUUGCCGCCGAGCGCCACAUGAACCCUGAAGACCGGGAAUACCUCAGACAAGACGAUGACUCCGUGCUUCAUAAUACCCACAUGUCGCUUCACCAAGUGGCACAAGUGUUGCAAUAUCAAGGCUCAGAGAUCUUGGCCGAGCAUACAAUCGCCAUGGCUUUGGAUGGCGUACCUUGCGCCUACGUCCGCAGGGAAGCCCUGGGGAUCCUGGACGUUCAGCACGCACAGGAUUCAAUAGGGUCCAUUGAUUGUGCCAUCAUUUACUAUCCGAUAGGCCCGUCGACGUCGGCAUCCCUAGAACAUCUCGCCUAUACACCCAUUAGUGCUCUCAAUCCAGCGGUUGUGCUCUGCAUGAAGGGUCCCGCACGGUGGCCUGACGACGACGAUCCGAACUCGGAGAGAGAAGAUCUGCUACAGACGCGUCGUAACCUCGCACUCUCGAGUGAAUUGAGUUUGGCAUCCAUAGUCCAAUCGUGGUCGGAUUCUCGGAACAACAAUGGGGCUGCGCCAUCCUGUGAAGAUAUGGCUGCUCAUUCAAACGCGACGAUGCUCCCAGCUUGUGCCAUGUCUAUGGGCAUCAUCUACGACUCGGAAUGGAUUCACUUCGUAGCGCACAUCCCCUAUAUCACGGGCAACCGCCAUCGGUAUCUAUCUUUGCUCUUGGACACCCUUCCCUUCCCCUGCCGAUGUGUCGGGGGUGUCGCUGAAUUCGUUCGUGGCCGCUAUAGAGUCGCACUGGCCCUACUCUCUUGUCAGCACCACAUCUUCCGUUUGGCGACGCUGCUAGAACAUGUCCAAUGGCCGGAACAUGUCCUGACAGCGCACGAGUCAGUUAUGCAAGGCUUACUCGAGGGUCUGCCUGAUAUCCGAGUCAGUUCGCAGUCGGACAGUUCGCAGUCGAGUGGUUCGCAGUCGAGUGAAUCGCAGUCGAGUGGAUCACAGUCGCAUGAUUCGCAAGCGAGCGACCCGCCGUCUCUGUAUGGUUCCGCGAGACCAGAUUUCUUCGGAGCAGAAAUCGAGCGGGUUAAACCCGUUGUUCAAUCCUGGUUGUUGCAAUCAGAAGAGGCUCGUAUGGAAAGGGAGAGGGAAACUCUGGAGAGUGCAACACAUGUCAUUGCAGAAGCGCAUCCCCUUAACUCCGGUCACGACGAGGACACUGUGGUAACUCUACAUGUUCGUUCCAGAAGCAAUUCACUCCGACACAACACCGUUGCUACCACGCCAACGCUGAUGUCAGCUCGUCCUUCGAACGUAGAUGGUCAUUUCAAAGCCAUGCGCGAUCUCGAGGACACUCAGCAUCUUCCUAUGGUUCCAGCGACAGGUGCAAGGCGCGAUACUGUGGCCCUCGCCGUCAAUUGGGAGUUCGAAGACUUCGCAUGGAGCUCGCCAGAGUGUGCAUCUGCGCUGUCCAAGUAUUUCAGGCAAGCGAAGAAGGGAUUCCUGGAAUCCGAUAUGAUAUUAGCCAAGAUAGGACCAAUACCUGUACCACAUCGGUUCAGAGAUAAGAAUGAUGUGUUCGCACGGCUUUUCAACCAAAAUGCUCUUCAAGUAACACUAGCACGGGUGCAGUUGGCUAUGGAGUUCUUCAAUGGUAAUACCAUGAAUAAGUCGUGGCUGGGCCUUGGUACACCUGAAGAUUACCCGGAAUAUGUGCCACGCCUAUUCAGUCGAGAUGAUUGGACCGAGGAGCAGAUAUGUGGGAUACUAAGUCUUGUCCAUUGUUGUGCUCGUUCCCAACAACUGGCUCGCGAAUUGGCUUCUGAAUGCCUCAUCGGAGACGCGAUCCUGAGGAUUUUCGGCCCGCAUUAUCCGUAUUGGACUGCCAUACCACGACUGGUGAAACGGUAUGACUAUGUCGACCCUGGCAACUGUUGA